AUGCCAUCCCUCGCCGAGGAUACGUUUGACAUACCGUUGGCUAAGAGACAGAAAAGGGCCACAGAUAAAGGUGGUCAGACAGGGCUACAAGCCGCUGGAUCCAAAGUUUUCGCUCCGUUUCGAGUACUGUCUCCUACAACGGUUCCCUUCACGUCCGUUCGUCUAGGCAAAUCAACUUAUCAGAUCUCGACCUCAGUCGGACGUUCAGUGCAGACUUACGAUUUACGGCGAGGACUAAAUCUUGUAUUUAUCAGUCGGCCUCAAACACCAGAUGCAAUUACAGCUACCUUCGCAUGGAAGGACAAGGUUUUCGUGGCUUGGGGACACCUCCGUCCUGGAUCUCCUGGAGGUAUAUGGGUUCUCAAGCGUGGCAAGAAAGUCGCCUCUCUCGAAACCAGUAAAGAUUUUGCGGAGCCCAUCAUACAACUUCUUGUCUUUGGUUCUUGGAUUGUGGGUUGCAGCGCCAAACGCAUACAGGUGUGGAAAAAUACAUCAUAUGAAUUUUACACCUCAUUAGUACCUCGACGCAGCCAGGGCUCAGCCGAGACACAAAUAUACACGGGUCAAGUAUGCACUAUGCCAACAUAUCUCAACAAGAUCUUUGCCGGUCGAUAUGACGGAGGUAUUGAGAUCUGGAACGUGAAAACGGGAAAGUUAAUUUACACUAUGUUGCCAUCAUCUGCAAAAGCUGGUGCUGUAACUGUACUCCAACCGACUCCUGUGCUAUCCCUCAUUGCGGUCGCCUAUAAGAGCGGCGCACUAUCUAUUCGCAAUGUCGAGACGGACCAGGUCGCAUUGUCCCUGCGCACAGAUUCGUCAGAUGGGCCACGGGUAACCUCGAUAUCUUUCCGGACAGAUGGCCUAGGUGCUGGUGAAGAUGGUCGAAGCUCAGGUGUCAUGGCAACUGCCUGCAUUGACAGCGGAGACAUUACAAUGUGGGAUUUGAACGGUGGUGGUAGGAUUAUGGGAACGCUUCGCGGCGCGCAUCGAAUUACUGACGGAGGAACUGGAUUGGGGGUAAACCAAGUUGAAUUCCUAGAUGGGCAGCCAGUGUUGGUCUCAUCUGGAAAGGACAACGCCCUCAGGACAUGGAUCUUUGAUGAGUUACCAUUUUCGCCUAUCCCCAGGCCACUACACUCGAGGAGCGGUCACUCUGCUACAGUUACUACCCUCGAGUUCUUGCCUUCCGCCUCAGACGGUUCGGAAUUUGGCGGUAAGUGGUUACUGAGUGCAAGCAAGGAUUGCAGUCUUUGGGGUUUCAGUGUACGGAAGGAUAGCCAAAACACCGAGAUCUCCCAGGGAGCUGUAGAACACAAGGCGAAGAAGAUUGUUGGGCUAAGCACAGUCAACGGGGCGCGAGAGCUCAAGGCACCGGAGGUCACCUGCAUUGCAUGUUCCCUCAAUCGCGAUGGGGGAAUGGGUGUCACAACAUCUGGCCCAAUCUGGGCAAAUCCCAAAACAAGUACGGAUGCUUCAAACAAAACAGGCUGGGAGAGUGUCUUGACAGGUCAUCGUGGGGACAAAUUUGCUCGGACUUGGUUUUGGGGGAAGAAGAAGGCUGGGCGUUGGGCAUUUGAAACGGGUGAUAAAACGGAAGUCAAGAGCGUCGCCAUCUCACAAUGCGGGACUUUUGCAUUGGUUGGGUCGGCCGGAGGUAGCAUCGAUAUGUUCAACAUGCAGUCCGGUUUAUACCGACAAAGUUUUCCUAUCCGCGGCCUUAAGAAUAAUAUCAAGUCCAGUGCUAGUUCCUUCGCCUCCCCAAAUAGGAACAGCCUGAAGCAUAGCAAAGCAGUUACUGGGGUAGCUAUUGACGGAUUGAACCAAACUAUUGUCAGUUGCGGACUCGAUGGGAAAGUUAAGUUUUGGGACUUUAUCUCGGGAUCACUCGUCGAUGAGCUCGAUUGGCAUCCGAUGACAUCUAUCACUGGACUUCGGUACAGCAGCACGAGCGAGCUAGUUGCAUUCAGCUGCGACGACCUUUCAAUCCGUGUUGUCGAUAUAGAGACGAGAAAGGUUGUUCGUGAGUUCUGGGGAUGCAUAGGUCAAGUGAAUGACUUUGCAUUUUCCUCUGACGGGAGAUGGAUCAUUGCCGCUUCCAUGGACUCUGUUAUCCGCAUUUGGGACUUGCCGACAGGGCAUCUAAUUGACCUCUUCCGUGUGCCCAGUACAUGCACUGCGUUAGCUAUGUCUUCAACAGGGGAAUUUUUAGCCACCGCCCACGCUGAUGGACUAGGUGUUAGUCUUUGGUCUAACAGAAGUUUAUUUGUACCUAUAUCGAGCCGGAAUCUGGAUGAAACAGAAAUCGCGGAUGUCGGUGUUCCUACUAUUUCCGGUGAGACUGGGGUAGAGGCCAUCGAAGCUGCAUUUUCGGAAAGCUAUCAGCCAAGUGAUGCCGAAGGACCUGUGUUGUCCACAGAACAGCUCAGUCAAGACAUGGUCACACUCAGCGUCGUUCCCAAAAGCAAGUGGCAGACCAUGCUUCACUUGGAGCUGAUCAAGGAGCGCAACAAACCAAAAGAGCCCCCGAAAGCUCCCGAGAAGGCACCAUUUUUCCUGCCAACGGCUUCUGAGAAAGAUCAUCCUGAUGGAGAUGGCGAUGUCAACCUCAUGGCUGACAGUACAAUCGCCGAACGGUCACGAAUCGCCAAAAUGCAGCAUUCCAUGAAUUCUAGUAUCGGAGGCUCUCGGUUCACUACCCUUCUGCGGUACGGUCGCGAUACAGGGAACUUUGAGCCCUUCGUUGAACAUUUUAAAUCUAUGUCUCCGGCAAAAGCCGACCUGGAGAUCAGGUCAUUAGAUCCUCGAGUACACGAGUGCCACUCCGAGCUGUCAGACUUUGUCAUCGCUCUGACCAAUCGACUUCUCUCAAAGAAGGACUUCGAGCUCGUCAACGCCUGGAUGGCAGUGUUCUUGAGAACCCAUGCCGAUGUUGUGGUGAAGUGUUCCGAGUCUAAUGAAAUGGAACAGCUGAGAAAGGCAUUAGUCGCUUGGAGCCUAGCGCAACAACGAGAAAAGCAGCGCUUGGCUGAAUUAGUCGGGUAUUGUCGUGGUGUCGUGGGAUUUUUAAGAUCAUCGCGUUAA